AUGAUCCGAGUGUCCACACAGGAGGGAAAUGUGCACUGCAAUAAUUCUGUUGUCUCCUCUAAUUUAGCUGACAAGCCAAAGCCUGCACUGACCCGGGAGCCUGCAGGAGAGAUAUUCGAAGGAGACACAGUGACCCUGAGCUGUAGGGUUGAGGGGGGCUCUGAUGGCUGGAGAUAUCUCUGGUAUAAAGACAGUCAGUCCAGUACUCCAGUGUACCAGACUGACAGCAGCAGUGGAACUGGAGCCGGAUACACAAUCAGAGCUGAUGCUGUGUCCCACAGUGGAGAGUACUGGUGUCGAGCUAAAAGGGGGAGCAAACCGUUUUACUCACAAUACAGCAAUGCUGUCAGGAUACAAGUAUCACAGCUGUUCAGCACACCCACUCUGACAGUGAAACCUGGUGCCUCAGUGUGGGAGGGAGAGGAUGUGUCUCUGCAGUGUGGGGCUCAGAUAUAUAAACAGGGCACACAGCUGCAGUACCGCUAUAGCAAAGACAAUGAGGAUCUGAGAGGAGCUGGAUCACAGUACUCAAUCCCAGCGGCAGGGCUGAGAGACACAGGGAGAUACCAGUGUGAGGUGGAGGCAGCAGGGACGGGGGUGAAGAAAAGGAGUGAUUCUGUGGCACUGACUGUGAAAGAACGACCCCAGGCUGUGCUGACCCAGGAGCCUGCAUGGACACAGCUAUUCAUAUCAGAGAGUGUUACACUGAGAUGUCAGGUUCAGGGACAAUACACUGACUGGAGAAUCACAUGGUACAAAGAUGGGUGGAAAGUUCCAGUAACCCAGAAUUAUUACAGCAGAAUAGAUGGUGACAAAUACACAAUUAGCUCUGCUACUAGAGACCACAGUGGGGAAUAUACCUGUAAAGGUGAAAGGGGAGGUAACCCAUCGUACUCUAAAGCAAGCAAUGCUCUCACACUGACAGUAUCAGUGGGCGCUCCGAAGCCUGCACUGUCCCAGGAGCCUGCAGGAGAGAUAUUCGAAGGAGACACAGUGACCCUGAGCUGUAGGGUUCCGAGGGGCUCUGAUGGCUGGAGAUAUCUCUGGUAUAAAAACAGUCAGUUCGGUACUCCAGUGUACCAGACUGACAGCAGCAGUGGAACUGGAGCAGGAUACACAAUCAGAGCUGCUGCUGUGUCUCACAGUGGAGAGUACUGGUGUCGAGCUGAAAGGGGGAGCAAACCGUUUUACUCACAAUACAGCAGUGCUGUCAAUGUUCAAGUAUCAGUGUCAGAGCUGUUCUCCAGGGUGACUCUGUCAGCCUCUCCGAGAGCCACAGUGAAGGAGGGAGAGGCUCUUAACCUGACCUGUGAGGCAACAAUGAACAAAACCCUCCGCUCUCAACUCCAUUACACCAUUCUGAGAGACGGGGAGCCUGUGAUUAACAGCACUGGCCCUGCACUGUACAGCAUUGCCAGCACUGAGAAGAGCCACGCUGGGAGCUACAAGUGUGCUGUGGAGUCACAGGGAGUGAGGAAGAGCAGCCAGGAGUUACACAUUGAAGUGCAAAUGUCCUGGCAGAGCGCUGAUGCUAUUGGCUACAGAGUGAGCUUCACUCUGUAUCAUUUCAUUUUGUUCACUCUGCUGCUCCUUCAUUACUGCAGGAUCCAAGGUUUCCUGCAUAUCGCUGGUGGUAGGUCAAGGAUAACCUGGGAUCAGGAUCAGGAGCAGUCAGCAGAGGGGAUUGAGCUCUCCAGCCGUGUGCAGCACACUGGAGUGGAACUGGCAUAG